ACCGUGCUAUGGGCAUGCGCAACUGCCUCAACGGCAAUAAUAUGUCAGGACAACGCGAUAUCCCCACUGAACCCGGGGAACAGCCCCAGCAACCAUCUUUGGAGGCCCCAGGGUCAGCUGCCCCCAGUACUGGGCCUAGCUCAGCCAAGGAGAUGGAGACCAAACCGUCUCACCACGAUGAGCCCUUCCACAUCGAGACUGACCAGAAGGCCUGUAUACCCCCAAGGGUCUCCAGGCCCAACUUCCAGGGCCUCAACCCAGCACUGGAGGAAGCCGGGAUCUGUGGAGGCUUCAGUCCACCUCCUGAGGAAUUCAUGCCCUUGGCGGCUAAGCAACCCAACUUGGGAGGCUUCUGGCCUACCCUGGAGCACCCUGAGCCCCCCACUGGGGCCUACGAGGGCCUCCAGGCCUUGGGUCCAGCCAUCAUGGAGCCCAGAGCCUUCUGUGGUGUCAGACCAAGCCUGGGAGGCUGCAGCCCUCCACCAGAAGAAGCCCAGGGAGGCUGCAGCCAACCUCUCCUGCAGGUUCCAGACCUCGCUCCAGGCAGCCCAGGUACAGGGGUUCCCGGAGCUUCACGGCAAGAACCCAGAGUCCUCAGGCCUGCAAGCACUGGUUUCAAAGAGAGCUACAGCCCUUCCCCUGAGGAAGCUAUGCCAUUUGAACGUGAUGGAGAAGCCUUUGGGGACGACAGCCCACUCCCAGGGCUCCGGCGAGUUAUCCCACAGGUCUAUGGUGGCAGCCAGUUCCAGGCAGCCUCGGUCCCGAGUACGGUCUGCCUCACUCCCUCCCCGAACGCGCCUCCCCUCCGGAUCCCCGGCGCCAUCAGCAGCCCAUCUCGAGAGCCUCUCAGACCUCCCCCUAACUUCAUGGGUGACAGCCCCCCGAUGGAGAUCUCCGGACCCCGGCUCAAGAUUGGCAGCGCUCCCACUGGGGUCGACGACGCUCCCGUCAACAUGGACAGCCCCCCAAUCGCGCUUGAUGGCCCGCCCCUUGAGGUCUCCGGAGCCCCAGAUAAGAAGGAGCGAGCAGAGAGACCCCCAGUUGAGGGAGAAGCAGCAGAGAUGGAAGGAAUGUCAGCAGCCAGCGACACCGAGGGAGGAAAAGUCUCCUUUCCUGGGGAUGGAUCCCCCGUCGCCGGGGCAGCUCCUGCUGCCCCAUGGUUCCGCAGCCGCCGGAGCCGCCGCCGCCGCAAGCCCCGGCGCAACUUACUCCGCAACUUCCUCAUCCAAGCUUUCGGAGGCUGCCUGGGUCGAUCUGAGAGUCCCCAGCCCAAAGCCCCGCGCUCCCCCAAGGUCAAGAAGGUGCCUCUGGCGGAGAAGCGCAGGCAGAUGCGCAAGGAAGCCCUGGAGAAGCGUGCCCAGAAGCGCGCCGAGAGAAAACGCAGCAGGCUCAUCGACAAGCAGCUGCAGGGCGAGAAGCUGGGCUACAUGUGCACGCACCGCCUGCUGCUUCUAGGUGCUGGAGAAUCUGGUAAAAGCACCAUUGUGAAGCAGAUGCGGAUCCUGCAUGUUAAUGGGUUCAAUGGAGAGGGCGGCGAAGAGGACCCGCAGGCUGCAAGGAGCAACAGCGAUGGUGAGAAGGCGACGAAGGUGCAGGACAUCAAGAACAACCUGAAGGAGGCCAUCGAGACCAUCGUGGCCGCCAUGAGCAACCUGGUGCCCCCCGUGGAGCUGGCCAACCCCGAGAACCAGUUCCGGGUGGACUACAUCCUGAGCGUGAUGAACGUCCCCGACUUCGACUUCCCUCCCGAAUUCUACGAGCACGCCAAGGCUCUGUGGGAGGACGAGGGAGUGCGUGCCUGCUACGAGCGCUCCAACGAGUACCAGCUGAUCGACUGCGCCCAGUACUUCCUGGACAAGAUCGAUGUCAUCAAGCAGGCCGACUACGUGCCAAGUGACCAGGACCUGCUUCGCUGCCGCGUCCUGACCUCUGGGAUCUUUGAGACCAAGUUCCAGGUGGACAAAGUCAACUUCCACAUGUUCGACGUGGGCGGCCAGCGGGACGAGCGCCGGAAGUGGAUCCAGUGCUUCAACGACGUGACUGCCAUCAUCUUCGUGGUGGCCAGCAGCAGCUACAACAUGGUCAUCCGGGAGGACAACCAGACCAACCGCCUGCAGGAGGCCCUGAACCUCUUCAAGAGCAUCUGGAACAACAGGUGGCUGCGCACCAUCUCUGUGAUCCUGUUCCUCAACAAGCAAGACCUGCUUGCUGAGAAGGUCCUCGCUGGGAAGUCAAAGAUCGAGGACUACUUUCCAGAAUUCGCUCGCUACACUACCCCUGAGGAUGCUACUCCCGAGCCCGGAGAGGACCCACGCGUGACCCGGGCCAAGUACUUCAUCCGCGACGAGUUUCUGAGAAUCAGCACCGCGAGCGGAGACGGGCGCCACUACUGCUACCCUCACUUCACCUGCGCCGUGGACACCGAGAACAUCCGCCGCGUGUUCAACGACUGCCGUGACAUCAUCCAGCGCAUGCACCUCCGGCAGUACGAGCUGCUCUGAGAAGGGACCCCAGUUUAACCACAGCCUUGAGCACGAUUAAUUAAAAGUGAGACGUCACUGUACAAGCAGUUAAUCACCCAGCAUAGGCAUGAUUAACGCCGCCACCUUUCCCCCCCCCGAGUGAUUUUGCGAAACCCCCUUUUCCCUUCAGCUUGCUUAGAUGUUCCAAAUUUAGAGAGCUUAAGGCGGCCUACGGAAAAAGAAAAAGAAACAGGCCUCGAACGUUCCCUCUCACUUUCAGUAAACGAAACAACGGCAGCAAACAGAAAUAAAGAAACAAAUGAAACAAAUGAAAUAAAUAUUGUCUUGUGCAGCAUUAAAAAAAUCAAAAUAAAAA